CACAGUAUGAUACACAUCAUGCUUUUGGUGGGAAAAUGAGUUCGCCUCCACGCACAUUUAACCUAAAAUUAAAAAGAUUAAGAACUGAUUUUGAAAUUUGAUGACACAGGAAAUUAAACGGCCUUGAUUUAUGCACAGAAAAAUACAGAGACGUGUGCGUAGCUGCCUUUGAAGUGUGUAAAACUCAGCCGGCUAACCAGGAAAAGUUCACUCAUAUCUAUUGUUUGCUAGCAUGCUAACGCUUUAGCCAACGCUUAUUGUGACGCGAAACAGCAACAAAGUCUUUUUUAAUCAUUAUUCAAGUCUCGGUUUUACUAAUACUGACAGGACGCCGCCAGCUUUCUAAAUUUUGUACCCCGUGUUGGUUGUUUUGACCUGAAAAGACCAGCCUGAGUCUUGUUUUUUUUCUCUGUUUCUGGCUCUGAUUGUUUACCAUAACAUCAACAACAUGCCAGAAAUCAAACUCAAGCACGUCGUCUCUUGCAGCAGCGAGGAUACUACUCACAAAGCAGACAACCUGCUGAGCUCUGACACCUACAGAAAAUGGAAAGCAGCAAGACCCGGAGAGAAGCAGACCUCAGUCAUCCUGCAGUUUGAGAAGGAGGAGCAGGUGCACAGCAUCGACAUUGGAAAUGAAGGCUCAGCAUUCGUCGAGGUGUUGGUGGGGAAUUCUUCAGCAGUCAGAGAUCAGGACUACGAGGUUCUUUUGGUUAUGUCUUCCUUCAUGUCCCCUACGGAGAGCCGUAACGGCACCAACAUGAACAGGGUGCGUUUCUUCGGGCCAGCCCAGCUGCAGAAGAGCUCGGCACAGGAGAAGUGGGACCGAGUUAAAGUUGUGUGUAGUCAACCAUACAGCAAGAACAUCGCAUAUGGACUGGCUUUUGUUAAGUUUCAUUCACCGCCUGACAAAAAUGAUCCUCCAACAUCCUCUCCAAAACUGACAAAGCUGGGACAGUUCAGGGUGAAGGAGGAGUCUCCUUCAGCGGGGCCCAGCCUUCAGCCUGGCAGCCUCUUCUUUAGUCGGGAUAAUGCAGCCAAGUCCGACACUUCACCUAAAGUGUCUCCUCAGAGUCAGAAGCUGAGUUACGCCGCUGCUGCCCUGCAGGCUGGCGGCAGCUCCCACUCAUCAGGACAAGCCGCCUCCUCCAGCUCUGCCUCACCACAGCCCCCAGCAAAAAGAAAAUUUGAAUUCAGCAAAGAGCGACAGUCUGCCUCUGCUCCACCGCCCUCAAAGAAAUUCAGCCCAGCUGGCUCACCUGAGAGCAAAGCUGCAACCCCAAAACAGAAACCGACCCCGGUCAGCACACCGAGCCCCAGAGCUGCCAAAGCUUCUUCUGCUCAGAAGUCUUCAGAGAAGAAGAGAGAAAGUCAGCCCAAGCCUGAACCUAAACCCAAACAAACGAAAGCAAAAUCCAAGAGCACACAGCAGGUCCCAUUCCAGCGCAUCAUGGAGGGGGUGGUGUUUGUUCUCAGCGGCUUCCAAAACCCCUUCAGAGGGGAGCUGAGAGAAAAGGCUCUGGAUAUGGGUGCCAAAUACAGACCUGACUGGACACCUGACUCCACACACCUCAUCUGUGCCUUUGCAAACACCCCCAAGUACAGCCAGGUGAAAUCAGCAGGAGGCAUCAUCGUACGCAAGGAGUGGGUGAUGGACUGCCACAAGAGGAAACAGAAUAUCUCCUAUAAACGGUAUUUGAUGGAUGGAGCCGAGUCGAGCUCAGAAAGCGAAAUGGAAGUGGACGAAGAGAGUGAAGAGGAAAUGAACACAAAGACGCCACAGAAGCAGGAGAGACAAGUGACGCCCAAGAAGACCCCAGAAAAGAUGGAUGAUGAUGACGAGUACGGAGGGUCAACUGAUGUGGAUCAGUCAGGAGGGGAUGAUGGAUCAGGCGUGGACACAGAGGACGAACUUCAGAGGGUUGAGAACGAGAGCAGACAGAAAAAAGCAGCAGUGAAAGAGGAGGAUCCAUACGGGGGGUCAACUGAUGAAAACACAGACGCUGAGGCUGAACAGGAUCAUCCCAUCCCAGAGCUCCCAGACUUCCUGAGGGGAAAGCACUUUUUCCUCUAUGGUCAAUUCCCCAACAACGAGAGGCGUAUACUGUUGAGAUACAUCGUAGCAUUUAACGGAGCGGUUGAGGACUACAUGACAGAAAAGGUUCAGUUUGUGGUGACCAGUGAGGGGUGGCAUGACUCUUUUGAAGAUGCGCUCAUGGAAAACAGCAAUCUGAACUUCGUCAAACCCGCCUGGAUUUAUGCCAUCAACCAACGACAAAAGAUGCUGCCCUAUCAGCCGUACACUGUCGUCCCCUGAACUAACAAACACGCUGACACUUCACAUCCUGAACAUGAAGAAACGGCCAAAGCCAUAGACAAAAUGUUUUUUCUCUCUUUCAGAUUCUGCUGACAUACAUAAAAGCAAUAAACCCUUUACACUUCAGCAUUUCUUUA